CAAGCGUCGCAUCUAACCCUAUAAUUCGCAUCAACGAUCACCAAACCAUCCUCAAUCCCGUCAUAACAAUAAAUACAAUAUGGCGGAUAGAUUCCCUUCCCUCGAAGAGUUUGACUCCGGAGCCCAAACCGAGAGCAAGGGAGAGGCCAACUUCGAUGUCAGCUCCCCAGCCGGCGACGACUUCCUCUCUCGUGAGAGGGCAGUUCUAGGAGAAGAUGCCACCCAAUUCGCGUCGAAGAACGACAAGGCCGCUUUCGUGGAUGAUGAUGACGAAGACGAUCUGCUUGGUGGAGGCAACAACGGAGGAGAGGAGGUGACUGAGUUCCAGAACAACUAUCCUGACGUCAAUGCCAACGAUAAUUUCGGUCCCACUGGUGGCGCCAUAACCUCAAGCAACUACCCAUCCUCUUACACCCCCCCAAGCAACGAGCCAGAACCAGAAGUUGUCCGUGAAUGGCGCGAGCGCAGAGACCUUGCUUUACAAGAUCGCGAAGAGAAGUCGGAGCAAAAGAAGGCAGAGACUAUCAAGGACGCCCAGCAGAACAUCGACGAUUUCUACGAUAACUACAACCAAAAGAAGGAGAAGACUGUCGCCCAAACGCGCCGUGAAGCCGAGGAGUUCCUUGCGAACAGAGAGGACACCAGCGCCGGGGGCACCAGCUGGGAGCGCAUUGCGAAGCUCGUGGAUCUCAGCGGAAAGGGUACCAAGGGAGGCGCCAGCGGAACUGGAAAGGAGAAGUUCAGGGAGCUGCUGCUUAACUUGAAGAAGGAUGAGAAAGCUCCAGGUGCAAGUGGACUUUAAGUGCUGCGUCGUUGGGCUUGUAAAUUAUAUUGCGUUAAGGGUAUUUGAGACGGAGCCAGAUCUCACUCCCUGAAACUGGCUGGCGUUAGGAGAAUAAUAAUCCGUCAUACACUAC